AUGGCAGCUCCGGCGGCCUUGUCGUCGACCCUCGUCCUCCUGCUCGUGGCCUUCACCGCCAGCCGUGUCGGCGCGGCCACCUUCUACAUCACCAACGGGUGCGCCUCCACGGUGUUCCCCGGCGCCAUCCCGGUUGCCCGCGGCGUCGGCGGUACGGAUCUCAAGCCCGGCGAGACGUGGGCCCUCAAGGUGGACGCCGGCGCCUCCGGAAGGAUCUGGCCCCGCACCGGGUGCUCCUUCGACCCCGUGACCGGCCAGGGCGGCUGCGACACCGGCGACUGCGGCGGCGUCCUGCGCUGCGUCCUCCCCGGGAAGCCGCCGGCGACGCUAGCCGAAUUCACCAUUGGGGAGGACGGCGGCGCCCCGGACAUCUACGGCAUCUCCGUCGUGGAUGGCUUCAGCAUUCCGAUGGAGUUCUCGUGCAGCCCUGGCGGGAUCGCCGACGGCGUCGUCCGGUGCAUGGACGCCGGCUGUCCCGACGCGAACCACCACCCCGGCGACGGCAAGUACCGCACGUGCCAGGGCGACGGCGAGUACCAGAUCGUCUUCUGUCCAUCCACAUGA